AUGGCUCAACAGGUCCAAGGGAAGACAGCCAUUGUCACGGGCGCUGGUUCAGGCAUCAAUCUCGAAUUUGCCCGUCUCCUUCUCCAACAUGGUGCUAAUGUUCUCUUCGCCGAUUUGGUUUUACGUCCAGAGGCUCAAGAACUUGUACAGACGUAUCAGUCGACGUCCAACAAAGCAGUAUUUCAGCAGACAGAUGUGACCUCUUGGCCGGAUCUCGAUGACAUGUUUAGAGCAGCAGUUCUGCACUUUGGAUCCAUUGAUAUUGUCUGUCCAGGGGCCGGUGUCUUUGAACCCCAUUGGAGUAAUUUCUGGUAUCCUCCUGGUACGGAGAAGUCUCAAGAUGAUCCUUUGGGUGGGCGAUACAAGUUGCUUGACAUUAACUUGACGCAUCCAAUUCGUGUGACUCAGAUGGCGAUUUCUCACUUCUUGGCUGCCGAUACUCCAUGCAGUGCUUCCAAUCCCAAGUCGAUCGUCCAUAUUGCCAGCAUUGCAGGGCAAAGUGCGUCUCUUUAUUUUCCUCUUUACCACGUUUCCAAGCAUGGAGUACAGGCCUUGGUCCGAUCUCUAGCAAGCCUUGAGCAGACCCAUGGCAUCCGAGUCACUGCGGUGGAACCUGGGGUGGUGAAAACGCCGCUGUGGACGGAUCACCCGGAGAAACUCCAAUUCGUCAAACUUGAAGGAGAAGGCCAGGAUGAAUGGGUGACACCUGAAGAAUGUGCUCAGGUCAUGCUUGCGUGUGUCAAAGACCAAGAGAUCGACAGCAACUUAAGAGGAAACGACCCAACAGGGGAGAGGAUUCCAAUACGCGGAGGCUCCUGUCUGGAAAUCCUGGCAGGAGCCGUGAGAGAUGUACCUUUAUUCAACAAUGUUGGACCGUAUGCGUCGGGCAAGCCAGGAGCGACUGUCAGUAGUGUAGAUAAAUUGGUAGAUGAAGUGAUGGGAGUCUUGAAGCCUGGCUGGGGAAAGGUAUAG